GUUUCCGUAGUUUCCGUACUUUUGUUUACUUAAACCUCUUGAAUCACGUUUUAUUUGUAGUUAUAGAUGAAAUCAUGUUGGUUGUUUCAACUACUUUAUUGUUCGUGAUCUGCCUUUUAGGACAAGUUGAAGCUGAAUGUACAGUCAAUGAGGAUAUCACCACUUGUAGAAAUGAGAAUUUAUUAAGAAUUCUCUUAAAUGCCUUACAGUCUAAGAAACAAAAUGAUUCGCCGAAACCGGUUUUCUUUGCCUCCUUGACAAAAGAUACCACCCUAACAUAUAGCACUACAAUUUUAAAAUUUGAUGACGUCAGAAUCAAUAUUGUUAAUGGUUACGAUUCUACAACAGGUGUGUUCACUGCACCAAGAAAUGGCAUAUACCAGUUCAACUGUUUACUUCGUGCAAAAGGUAGCAAUGAAGUACACUUCCAACUAAACAAAAAUGAUGCACUUUAUACGUGGGGAUACGUCUCAAAGGGUCAUUAUAAUUCACAAACCAUCAGUUCAGUUAUUAAACUUAUGAAAAUGGAUCGUGUUUAUAUCAAACACAGAAACAGUGUUAAUGAGACUGUGAGUGGAGAUAACAGUUCAACAUUUUCCGGAAUUUUACUACAAACCUAAAAUAGAUUUUACCGUGUUUGUUUUUGUUUUUGUUAUGAUUUAUUAUGACAUAUGUGUUCCUACCAUAUGAAUAUUAAUAAGUCA